ACCAUGUAGCAAACCAAAGGGACAGUAGCCCAACCAAAGAAGCACAUUCAUUUUCCACCCUUUGGGCGUUACAUAGAAAGAUAUCUCAAUGCAGCAACCCGCCCACGUCGCGGACCCUGUGCAUCGCGUAACCCCCAAAGAAAAACUCCGGGAUGUGACAAAAUUUAUAGCGUGGCAACUCCGUUCAUGUAAGCGUCUGUUGAACCCGUUUCGAGUAUAGCGUCAGACAAAACUUGAUCUUUCUUCUCCUUCUUCCCUUCCCUUGUCUACCUAUUCCAGUGCUUUAGAAUUUCUCCCUUCUUCUGCUGUUUUAACCCAUUCUUUCCUUACCUUCACACACCCAUAUACCGAUCAACAUCACCAUCACAUCUCUAUUUGUGGUUUUACGCUCUUUCUUGGAUCCUCUUCCCUCAAACGACACAUAAUGGAAUGGGGCCGACGUCCAAAGGAACUGUUUAUUUCAUUACAACAGUUUCUGUUUAUCUUCCUAGUUGGCGCUCUUUUAUUUGUUGGCGACCAUGACGACCACCUUGCCUACGCACAGACAUCAAACUCUUCAAUACCCACAUAUACUAUAGGCGUAAUAUUUCCAGAUCCAUCUCAAGUACGCCAAGAUGACCCAACACUAAACGAUAUGAUUGUUGCGAGCAAUGCAGCAAUCGAUAUGGUUGCUACGAAUAUUGUGCGGAGUGAUAUGUUGUCAGACGUGAACGUUGAAUUUGUACGCUAUAUUUCGGAUGCUGACAAUGUCGGACAAACAGCUUGGACGACGGUUGAUACGGUAAAUGCAGGCGUCAAUGCUGUCAUUGGUGAUAUGAUAUCGACCAUGACCGAAACAGAAGCUGGUAUUACAGGCGUCCAAAGAAUCCCACAAUGCUCUUGUGCAUCAGCAUCGCUCGCGCUCUCCGACAAAGAAGCGUACCCAUACUUUUUUCGGACAGUCGGCAACGUAGUACUCUUUGGAAGCUCGCUAGUAGACUGGGUACAGCAUAUGGGGUGGAAAACAUUUGCAUUAAUAUACACAAACGACAAUGUGGGUCAGCAAGUAUUAAAAGCCAUGGUACAAAAAGCUGAAACUCAUGGCAUCGAGGCUAUGACACAAGUUCCUUUGUAUGACAUGACACGCGUUGGAGAAUCUCUUGAAAAGCUCGCUACGUCGGGUGCCCGUAUUGUUAUUUUCGCAGAUUCAACAACUACAGAUCAGCUAACAGUGCUUCGAACAGCACAAUCAAUGGGGCUUUUAUCCGAAGGAUGGGUGUGGAUGCUAACAAACGACAUGUCACCUGCUAUACGCGAUAUGGUAUCGUCCCCUGAAGAACUAGCUACAUACGAUGGCCUCAUGUUUAUUAGCGGUUUAUGGAACUUAACGGGAAUCCCUGCAUACGACGCAAUGCAACAAGCUUGGCAAGAACUACCUAUUCCGGACAAUUUCACCACUCCUGAUUCAUGGAAAACUGCGGGGUUAGCGUAUAAUGCACCUAACGCUUAUGCUUGUGCGGAGCUUUUAGCAUUAGGUUUAAACAAGGCUCUCGAUACUUAUACAGGAGGUCGUCAAAAGGGAUUAUCGGAUUUAAGUGCUGGCACUUUUAAUUCGUCCAUUAUGACACCUACAUUCUAUAACCUGGAUUACACAGGCCCUGCGGGCCAUAUGGAUUUCACAGAUACUGGUGAUCUUGCCACUGGAUACUUUGGUCUACAAUACAUGGUCGACGGUCAAGUUGUCACCUAUGCAACGCUAAAAGAUGGUUAUUUUGAGUUUAUGGACAACACCACAAUCAUCUAUCUUGGACAUACUACUACACAUCCAGUGGACAUAGUAGCGAAAUAUGCUCUCAAUCCCACGAGUGACAAUGCAGGCGGUAUUAUCAUCAUGGCCAUCAGUGCCCUUGGUCUUUUAUGUUGUAUCGUCAUGAUGAUAUUGAUCAUCUUGUUCCGGGACCUUAAAUCCAUUACCGUAUCCAGCCCUACAUUCUGCUGCCUUCAACUCAUCGGACUUAUGAUGGGAUACAUUGGUGCCACACUGUAUAUUGACAAGCCCAACGCAGCAACAUGUAUAUCCCGUAAAUUCCUUAUUACAGGUGCAUUUGUGCUUGUUAUCGGUAGUAUUAUUGCGAAAAAUUACAGAAUCUAUCGCAUAUUUCAGAACGUGUUUACAGUACGAACCUCCCGACUCAAAUCGUUCUAUUUAAUGCGGAUUGUGGCUAUUUUUGGGGCAAUUGCAUUUAUUCCAUUUAUUGUAUGGCACGCAGUGUACCCCGUGCAAGUUGUGGAUUUGACGAUUGGUACCAGUAUGAGUUACUGCUGGUUAUGUGUAUACCCGGGUGCGAAAGGUGAUUGGAUCCAUUUAAACGCUGCCGAACUUGUUGCUCUUAUUUGGUGUGCCAUCCUCAUAUUGUGUGCUGCGCUGCUCGCUUGGAAGACGCGCAAUGUUCGCGGUAAAUGGGCCGAAGCAAAUCAAAUCGCCUAUGUCAGCUACAACACUAUCCUUGCAGCAUGUCUUGCAACACCCAGUUUUUUCAUGCCCGACGAAAACUUUUUGACAGCAAUCUAUCUCAAAUUAUCGGCGCUUUUGCUUGGUGCGACGUUUACACUCGUUGUUAUAUUCACUCCCAAACUCGUGAUUAUUAUCCAGUUCUUGGUCGCCAAAUACCGCGACAAAUUUCGAUUCUUUAGUCGACGCUAUCGAAAAAACGGCAAUGGCAGCGGAGAGGAGUCCUUGUCAGCACCUGCACAUUUUGAAGACACGUCAGAUUCUAGUCAUGGCGGAAGCGACAAUUUGGCAGCCAGGAAUCUGCUUGACUUUAGUGUGCAAGCACAUGAAGGUGUUUUGCCUGUGAAAAAAGUCGGCCGGUUCAAUUACAUGACGAUCUGGGAACUCAAACGCGUAGUUGUUGUACCAUUGAAACGGUUUUUCGUCCUUAUGAACAAAACGAGUACAAAAGCUGAAGUGCAUCAUUAUUUGGCCUGCGAAGCUCUCUCAACAGCUGUUGAUCGGUAUCUGUUUCGAGUUUUGACCGAAGAUAAUGUCAUCUUCAUGUUCCAGGUCUACGACCAAGUAGCACUUGAUCGGUGGAUUAGUUGGUUCGCCGGCCCUGUAGAUAGUGGUAAUAGCGCUACCAAUAAGAAUGAAAACAACAAUGGAACGGAAUCCCAAGCACCCAUAAAUACAACGACAUACGAGACGACACGAUCACCAAGCACGUACUACCAACAGGAACCAUUACAAAACUCUGAACUCCCCACACAUAAUCAGGUGGUUGAUCCACUUGCAACGUUCGGCGCAGUACGGGCCACUAUUUCCAUGAAUGCAUCUAGCAUCACCAGUGCAUGUUCAGCAACACCUAGAGCCACUACUCACACGGAUAAUACGUCAAGCGCGAUUUCUCCCAGACGUCGAUCGUCUCAUCAUUACUAUCCUGAAGACGAUAACUUAUCAGCAAUGUACUAUCACAACGGACCUUCUGUACAAGAUGACAUUGUUAAUGACAGCAGUGACAUGUUACUCCGCGACCAUCACCAAGGCGAUUUAGGAGAUAUGUGGACACCAUCCAGUCAGUAUUUCCCCUUAUCACCCAGCUCUCGAUUAUCGUUUGAUAUAGCAAUGGAUAUGCAACAGAUCAAUAAUAUUCAACAACAGCAGCAACAGCAACAGCAACGGAGAAAUCAUUAGCAGCCACCCUAUCUCUAAAUGAUCUGUUUUUUUCAAUUCUUAUUUUGUGUA